AUGGCUAAGAUGGUUUAAAACUAUAUUCUACUUGAAGUAGCAGGUAGAGGAUAGUUCGGAGAAGUUUACUAAGCGCGUCACAAAGAGACAAGCGAGCUUUUUGCAAUUAAAAUGUUUGAUAGCACGAAAUUGCUAAAAUCUCCUGUCUAUUAGGAAAUGCUUAUUGAUGAAAUAUAAUGUUUAAGAAAAAUCAGCCACUAAAGAAUAGUUAGGUUCCAUGAAUGGUUCAAAACAAGCAACCAUAUCUAUUUAGCGUAUGAAUAUUGCUUUGGAGGAAAUUUAGAUGAAGUCAUUAAGCAUUAUAAGUUUCUUUAAGAAGACGUUGUUUUGAGCCAUGUUUUUAAAUAAAUUAUAGAAGGAUUCCUUAUCAUAAAAAAAAGCCAUAUUAUCCACAAUGAUAUAAAACCCAGUAAUAUUCUAUUCAAAAAAACAAAUAUGAGCACAGAGUCAUAAAGUUAAUUGCUGAAGAACGAUAUUUGUAUUGCUGAUUUUGGUUUUUGCAAAUAUGUAGGAGAAUUUGAUAAGGAUGAAUCUAAAAUAAUAUCACAGGAGCUUACUACAGCAAUAAGAGGUUCACCUAUUUAUAUGGCACCAGAAAUCAUUUAAGGUAGUACUAUAGAUUAUAGCUCUGAUGUUUAUUCUCUAGGAGUUGUUUUUUAUGAAAUGUUGCAAGGAGUUUGUCCGUUUGAAGAUACUGUUAUUGAAAGUUUGCUAAUAAAAAAAAAAGAAUGCAAAUUAGCUUUUCCCCAUCCAAUAUCUGAUUUCGCAUAGCAGCUUUGUCGAAGCAUGCUGGAAGUUGAUCCUAAAAAGCGAAUUACUAUUGAAGAAGUAGCAAAUCUUAUUGGUGUAGAUAUUUUAAAAAUAAAUUAGGAAUAUUUAAAUAGCUAAAUUUAAUCGAAUUCAAUUUCAAAUACAAAUGCAUCAGUUUCAGGAAAUAAUUAACUAGAUAACUAGAAUUAGUAAUAAAAAAUGAAUAGCUCUAAGGUGGAUUAUUCUACAAUAUAAUAAGUAGCUAGUAAUUAAUAGGCAGAUAAUCAAAAAAUAAAAAAUUAUUAGGAGAGAAGGAAGAUAAAGCAUGAAUUAGGUCUUGGAGAAAAGCAAGCCACUAUAGGAUAGAACGAUGCAUAAUAUGAGAACUUGCAAAGAGUGAUGAGUUAAUCUAAAACAUCUAAGGAAAGCAUAUUAGAAGUGAACAAGAAAAUUCUCAAAGAGAGAAAUAAGAUGAUUUAUGUCAACAAUAUGAUUAGUGCAGUUAUUGAUUUGAAUUUAUACGAAAAUUCAGUAUUAGUAGUUCUGAUACUGAUGAAAUAAAUGUAGAAUCUUUGUAAUAAACUAAUAACACAGAUACGAAGUACUGAACUCACUGACUUUAAGAUAUCACCUUCUCAUUGGAGUAAAUAUAAAAUGAGUUCUGACUAUGAAACUGUUUUAAAUUAUUUGCUAAUAGAGCAAAAGGAAAUCUAAAAAAAUUUUGUUGCCUUCACUGAGCAACUUUCUCCAGAAGAGUAGAGCUCUUUUGAAAAAAUAGAUUCCUCUCUCUCUAGCAGCACAACAAGUUUUACAAGUAGAUUGAAUUAAACUACAAAUCUGUAGGAAAAUGAAAAUUACAUUAAAGUACUUAAAGAAUAUUGCACCAAAGUUAAAGAAAAGGCAAUUGAGUUUGAGAAGCAAGAUAAAAAAUAAAUAUCUUAUAGAAUGUUAAUGCAUUUGAAUAAUGUUUUAGAUGGGUUUGAUAUUGAUACAUUUUUUUCUAAGUUUAUGAUUGACGGAAUAAAGAGGCUUUCAUACUAAACAUACUUUCGAGUAAUAGAAUCAUUCUCAUAUGAAGAUUUUGUAUAACUUAUAAAUUUUAAGCUUUAAAAGUACAUAUGA